GUCGCGGCGGUCGCAGAUGGCUACGUGAAAGUCAACAACCGGUUUCUCGGAGGGAUAGAGUCACUAUCCGGACAAUUUUCGCGUUGCUACGCGUUGGCGCGUCGAUUUUUUUCCUUCUGUUGCUUUUUUUUUGUCGCGAAACAACCGCGCACGAGGCCGUUCUCGGCCUCGUCGAGCUAUCGCGUCUCUUCUCGGCCGCCACCGCUGCUCCCUCGGUCUCGUUGUCCAGUGACGUAUCCAGCGACUGCUGACUCGCUGCCGAAGGAUGAGCGCGAACAACAUGCAAGCGCUCUUCGCGUGCUCCCGGUGCUUCUCCAGGCAUCCCUUCGAAGAUCUCUCGCCCGGGCAGCAGUUGUGCAAGGAAUGUAGAGGAGCAUUUCCUGUGGUGAAAUGUACAUAUUGCAGAUCAGAAUUCCAACAAACCAUAAAAGGCAAUACCAGCACUAUAUGUAAAAAGUGCGAGCAAAAUGUAAAAUCUUAUGGGAAGCCAUCGGCUUGCGAGUACUGCAAUACUAUAGCUGCAUUUAUUGGUAGCAAAUGCCAACGAUGUACAAACUCGGAGAAACGCUAUGGACCACCGGUUACAUGUGAACAAUGCAAGCAGAAGUGUGCCUUCGAUAGACAGGAUGAAGAUAAGAAGGUGGAUGGUAAAUUAUUAUGUUGGCUCUGUACAUUGUCAUAUAAACGAGCAUUGGCAAAAACAAAGCAAUCGGAUGCAGAUAGAAGGGCGCAUUUGAAAAUGGCACAACAGCGAGCUGCAAAGCACAAGGAACAAAAAUUGAAAGGCCACAAUAAGAGACCGCAUAGGGUCGAUGUGACAAAGCUGCCGCCGCAAUCUGAGGGCGGCGACACGAAUGGUCCCACUCCCGCGAAAGUGGUACGGAUGGCUGGCGUGCACGAUCCGCAUGAUCCAAAUAGUUCGGAUCACGUCGUGGCGGUUACGCAACUCAAAGAAAAGAUAGCGCAUCUUCAAAAGCAAAUCAGUAUAAAAGACAGUCAGUUAUUAGCAAAAGAUAGACAAAUUACCGAACUCAAGGCGAAAAAUUUCACCUCGGAGACCGAGUUGCGCAAUAAAAUGAAAGCAUCGGAAAAGGAAUAUGAAGCGAAGAUUUCUAAUAUGCAACUCAAGAUAUCCAGUUUGCUAAAAGAAGUAGCGUCGUUAUCGAAAACGUCUAAACGAGGUGAUCGAGUGGCUGCUACCAAGACAGAAGCUGGGACCAACAGUGGAAGUGGAACAGACAGUCCUGUACCUUGAUAAGGUCGCUAUGUCUUCCUUUUUCAUCUUGCAUUGCUCGUGUUUCCCAGUGUUGUUCUUCAUGGCGUGAAACAUGCGCGCAGACUCCUCACACAACACGGAUACUAAAAGUGCGUAACGCGCUGGUUCUGAGGAGUACGUGGAGCCUGAUCACGGCAACAUCUUGAGCGAAGAUUAACCGCUACACUUGUAUAGAAUUCGAUAUCCCAUACAGCCCGCGCAUACAAUCGUUGCCUGAUUAUUAAAGAAGAUAUAUUAGCAAAUUAUAAGAGUGUAAAGAGGCCCUGUGGAUUUAUACGAUACAUCGUCUUACAUUUGUCUCGCGAAUCGAGUUCGAAUGCUCGUUAAACUUAUAUAAUUGUCGAGGAGAAUUUUUUCAUUCGAUUUGCACUUGACAUUGUCCGGGCAGAGACAGAUGAUGGAUAGUACAAUAUAAUAGGUAUUCGGGAAUGGAGAAAGAAAGAUCAUCAGUUUCGCAAAAAUUUCGAGCGAUUUUAGUAGAGGAGACGUUGUGCGUUUUUUCGCCAUGUUUCGAAAAAUGAAAGAAUCAAUUAGAAACAAGUUUGUUUGAAUUAAAUCAAUUACAUAGCAUCUCGAAUGUGAAGGGAAAUUUUUGCGAAACUGAAGCUCCGGAGGAUUUUGCGAAGGAAGCCAAAAUUUAGAAUAAUCAUUCCCUAACAUUCUCUGCACUCCUAUAAUCUUGAAAAUCGCUUUUACUCUCUAUAUCACACAUACAUACGUACAUAAAUUUUCUUUCUCUCUUCAUUCUCUCGUUUCGCACAGAAUCGUAUCGCGAUGUUUUAGAAUCUCACAAACGCUCGAUAGUCAUAUAUAUAUAUCAGUCUGCGAUACGCCCUUUAGAUCGAUAUCGUUACGGAACGGCAUUUCGGGAACAUCGAUUCUGCAUUUAAAAUUUUUACUCUUUUAAAAAGUCCUUCGGAUUUUUCACCAAAUCUCAGAAUGAAUCCGCCGUUCGGUAAAAAAGAUUUGUCUCGCAUUAUAUACGGUAAGCUGCGCUCAGAGUUAACUAAUUUCACCCAGCUUAUCAUUAAUGGAAGUACGAAUUCGCCAAAUGAAUGUAAAAUCAAUGAAAAAAGAAACAAUAGAUCUUCGACAAUUAUAUUCGUUAAUUCUAAUUUUUUCUUUUUCUCUUGUAUAUAACAAAUACAACGUAUACUAAUCAAAAAAUUGAUUAUUCAUGCGCACAAAAUGAUCUCUUGAUAAAUCGUUUUCGUGG